AUGUUGUUGCUCCAAGAAUUUGAUUUGGAGAUUAAAGAUAAAAUUGGAGCUGCAAAUCUGGAGGUAGAUCACUUGAGCAUAAUAGAAAGGGAUGAGGAUCCCACCCCCAUUCAGGAUUACUUCCCUGAUGAGCAACUUUUACAGUUGUUGCACCAUGCUUAUUGGGCAGUCAAGAGUUGUAUGAUUGAGAUGGAGAAAACAGGUUUGGAGAGAAAGCUUCAAUUGCAUCAACUUGAAAAGCUUACUCUAGAAGCCUAUGAUAACUCCCAGAUCAUUAAUGAGAAAAACAAACACUUCCAUGAUAAGAUGAUUUCUAUGAAGGAAUUCUCCAUUGACCAAAAAGUUUUACUGUUCAACUUUCAUCUAAAAAUUAUGGCUGGGAAACUUCGGUACAAAUGGAUUGACCCUUUUGUUGUUACUAACACUUAUCCUCAUGAUGCAGUUGAAAUAAAAAGUGGAAACAUUGAUAAAGUGUUCAAAGUGAAUGGACAACACCUCAAGCUAUUCCAUGAGAGCUCUGUGCUUGAAGGUGCUGCCAUAAAACAACUCUCUUUCGAAAAUCCCACUUACACUGCAGUUUGA